AUGGUGCUUAUCCAAGACGAACUGACGGCGCAGGUUAACCACCGCGGGACGGAGCCAGCCGCGGCCAAGCGUCGACUAAACAACCAGGCAAAUUUCGCGGGUGACACCGCGGGAAGUCGAAACCGCGAAACUGAGAAGAUGAUCGCGACCAAUGAUCGCAGGGAAAGUCAACCUGCGGCUGGUAGCUUCCACAAAGACGUCCAGAUACAUUGGGGUGAUAGCCGUGGAAAGAUUCGUGAUAGAGAUGGAAAGGUUCUUUCUCUCUCACUCGACAAAUCCUCCGGUUCAGGUUUUCAAUCCAACCAAGAGUUUCUUUACGGUAAAGUCGAGGUUCAAAUGAAACUUGUCCCUAGAAAUAUGUUGGUGUUUUAUGAUGACUUUGUGUAUCUUAAAUCGCCGGGAACUACUUGGGAUGAGAUAGAUUUUGAGUUCUUAGGAAACAUAAGUGGCCAUCCGUAUACUCUUCAUACUAAUGUUUACACACAAGGCUCUGGAGACAAAGAACAACAGUUUCAUCUAUGGUUGACCCAACCGUUAAUUUUCACACUUAUUGCAUCACAUGGAAUCCACAAAGGAUUAUUUGAUGGGAUUCCUAUUAGAGAGUUCAAGAACACGGAAUCGAUGGGAGUUCCUUUCCCAAAGAACCAACCAAUGAGGCUCUAUGCGAGCCUUUGGGAAGCCGAGCAUUGGGCCACAAGGGGAGGAUUGGAGAAAACAGAUUGGUCUAAAGCUCCUUUCUCUGCUCUCUACAGAAACUACAAUGUGGAAGGAUGUGUUUGGGCUAAUGGAAAAUCAUCUUGCCCUGGGAAUUCUCCAUGGUUCACUCAAAAAGUUGUUUUGGAAUGUCAGAAAAAAAAUGAAAUGGGCACAGAGUAA